AUGGGAGGUGACCUUCGACCUGGCGGGGCAAUGGCGAAGCAAAGGCACGUUGUCCCAGCUCUUCGCGGGCUGAGCACACUGAAGACUGCAGAUGCCAUCUGUCCUGAAGGGCCUGUCUCAGCACCCUCGCGGCUGCGCCGGGCGGGUUCCUUGCCCUUCCUGCCCUCCCUCCGGUCCGUGCGGCGGUCCGUUGUGGGCCUCCUCUCGUCCCGUGGGUCGCGGUCGGAGGUUGGCAACAAGUUGGCGGUUGCCACGCAGGACUCCAAGCCUGUUGGCUCCCUCCCGGAGUUGGAGAGAUGCAAGAAAGCUCCAGGACCCCGAAGAGCAGACGGCCAGCCCAGGCCAGCCCUGGAGGACGCUGCGCAGGAGGCCAGAAAAGCCUGGAAGGGCUUGGAUGCCUCCAACCACACUGGCAACCAGAUGCCGCGGGACCAGGAACUGGAAAAUUUGGUGGACAUUUUGAUCCGCGAAGUGUACCAGGAGCAGCUGCCCUGCGAAUU